GUAAAAUUUGAUCACCGCAGCUUGAACAUGGUGCUAGGCGCCGCAGCCAGUAACCAUCACAAUCUGUGUCAGCGCAAGUACUGGUUUUUGCAACUCCUUGGCUUCUCGUUUUUUUAUCGGGGUCACCAACUAGUAACAAACUUCAAGCUAGUAUGUCCCCAUCUUGGGUCAGUCCUGGCGUGGCCUACCUCACACGGAGCUUGCUUUCCGUCGUUGUUCCGGCCGCUUCUUCCAUAAUUAUCGCAGUACGCCUGGCCUCUCUAAAAGGCGUUCGAGUCUCUCCAUGGAUUAUAUCUGCGGUGGUUUUGGGUACAGCGCCUCUCGGGUUUGCGGCAUACAUUCUUGCGGAUGGGAGAUCACAGAAACGAAAGGCCAAACGGCUCGGUGCCAGACUUAUCCCUCGUGUCCAGGGCAAAUGGCCUGGAAAUCUCGACAAGGUAGUGAACAUGAUUUUGAAGAACGAGGAUGAAUACAUUGGACGACCUAUUCAGGACGAGAUCGAUGUGCUCGGACCCACUAUUAAUCUUCGGUUUUUUUGGGAGGACCUCAUCGUGACCACGGAACCGCAACACAUCAAGACCAUGCUUGCAACUGACUUCGAUAACUAUGUGAAGGGUGCCAAGUUCAGAGAAGCAGCUGACUCCGUCCUUGGAACGGGCGUAUUUAAUUCAGAUGGUGAAACGUGGAAGCGUCACCGAACCAUGACACGGCCUUUCUUCACCCAUGAUCGGAUAAGUCACUUUGACAUCUUUGACCGUCAUGCGGAUCACGCUAUCGAUUUGGCGAAGGAACGUUUCAGGGCGGGCUUGUCAAUCGACUUCCAAGAUCUCAUCUCCAGAUUCACGCUUGACUCUGCAUCAGAGUUCCUAUUUGGACACUGCAUCGAUUCACUUUCCGCUAGGCUCCCUUACCCCAGUGACGCAACAGAAUCCACAAAUACUAUUCAAGGAGACAAUGCCUCCGCCGCCUUCUCAGACGCUUUCUCUCAAGCUCAGCAGAUAAUCAAUCGUCGUGUUUCCAUGGGGCAGACAUGGCCACUUGUUGAGAUUCUUGCUGACAGCACUGCACAACACAUGAAAGUGGUAAACGCAUUUUUAGAUCCUAUCCUCAAAGACGCUCUGGAGAAGCAUAGCAAAGCUGUCGAAUUAGACAGAAAUGAAGACGACCAAACCCUUGUGGACCAUCUCGUAAACCUGACAUCUGACUUCAAGAUCAUCAAAGAUGAGACGUUAAAUAUAUUGCUGGCCGGAAGAGAUACUACAGCUUCAACAUUAACAUCAGCUAUUUAUUUGCUGUCAAUGCAUCCAGAGUUCCUCACUCGGCUCAGGGAGGAAAUCAUAUCGAAGGUUGGACCAACUGGCAGGCCCACAUAUGAUAAUAUCAAAGAGAUGAAGUACCUCCGAGCCAUCCUCAAUGAAACAUUGCGCCUUUUCCCUGCCGUCCCCUUUGAUUUGAGGGAAAGCAUUCGGGACACGACAUGGACAUCCCCCGAACCUGGGAAGGAGCCACUGUUUAUCCCACAGGGGGUGAUGCUCAACUAUUCAGUUUUCCUUAUGCACCGGAGAACUGAUCUAUGGGGACCAGAUGCAUUGGAGUUCGACCCGGAUAGAUGGCUCGACGAACGAGUGAAGAAAUACCUGAUUCCCAAUCCUUACAUUUUCCUGCCAUUUAACGCAGGACCCAGAAUCUGCCUAGGGCAACAAUUUGCCUACAACGAAAUGUCGUUUAUGCUCAUUCGUUUGCUGCAAAACUUUUCCGCGAUUACACUAGCCCCCGAGCCCACGAUGCGCCCACCUGCGUGGUGGGCCGAGAUAAAGGGUCGGCAGGCCAUCGAGCGAUUCAGGCCGAAAAGCCAUCUGACACUUUUUUCCAAGGCAAGUCCCACUCUGGUGUGCUUUGCAGCCAUUUAACUAGGUUCUACCUUGUAGGGUGGUAUGUGGGUUAAGAUG